GAUGUGGGAGGCCAGGCCAUGAUGGAGUAAGGGGAGGUGAUGGAGUGUUGGUUGUAGAGGAACUAGGAUCUGGAUUCCAGUGGGGUAUUCUGUCCUGCCAGCUACUUGUAGUCCUUCCUGGGAAGCUGGGUUUGGCCUUGCCCAAUUGUAUAUAGGAGAAAAUCUAAGGAGUUCCCUGGUCGCCUAGUGGUUAGGCACUCCGCAUUGUACUGCGGUUGAUUGGGUUACUGCUGUGGCUCAGGUUUGGCCCCUGGCCUGGGAACUUUUGGAUGCUGUGGGCAUGCCCCUCCCCCCAAAGGGGGGGCAAUACAAAUGGGCUUUCUUGUUCCACUCUCCACCUUGCAGGACAUUACAUUUGAUAUAUCAGGGGACAGGGUGUCCUAAAGGAAGCCUUAGGUCCCCCAGCCAUGGGCCCAUCUCAGGUGUUUCCAGGCACAAAUAUUGAGCAGCUCAGGAUUCCUGCCCAUCCCACAGCCAGGUUCCCAUCCCUCUUCUAUCAGGGGAGCAUCGUGAUUUGGAGAGUCACAGUGGUCAUCACGUGCCUGGAAUCUGCGGAGGCAAGGGAGGAAGGCUGUAAUAGCACCUGCCUAGCCUCACACUGCCAGAUUCAGCCCGUGGGGUAUGGGCAUUCCUAUGAGCACCAAGGCAGACAAAACUGUCCAAGUGGAGCUAACAAUUCUGGAUGGGGGGUGGGGGGGUGACAGACAAGAAACAAUAUAAUCACAUGGUUAUAUAUUAUAGGGGAUAUAGGAAAGGGGGACCUAGAUAAGACUGGGAGAGAUGGCAACUUUAAGUUGGUCAGGGAUGGCCUCCCUGAGAAGGUGACAUUUGUUUCAAGACCUGAAGGAGGUGGGGCAGGCAGUGAAGUUGGUCCUUGCAGGAGUGUUCCAGGCUAAAGGAAUAGCAGGUGCAAAUACCCUGAGCUGAAGCCAUGCCUGGCUUGAAGAGUGAGCAAACAGGCUUUGGGACAGGUGACAUACCCAUCUCUCCCUGCUAACACACAGUAAGGCUUGUCUGGUUUAUUUUCCAUAUUAGCUCAAAGGUCUCUCUCCAACUUUGAAGAUGCCAAGCUGGCCCAGGUGUGACUUUAGCCUUGGGGAUGCAAUGUGGAGGGAGGGGACAUAGGAAGCCAACAGAGCAACCUCUACUGCCUUCUUCAAAGCCCUGACAUCCGCUGGAUCUUUAAAAAGAAACAUAAGUGGGAGAAGUAGGUCGCCCCUGCAGCAGUUCAGCCUCUGUUCUGGAGUGUCAGGAGGCAGGAGGAGCUGAUGGAGUUCCAGCACCUCCCUUUACUGAGCUCACCUGCCCUGACCUGGGGAAAGUCUGAAGAUGGAGGGGAAUCAGAAUCAGGUUUUGGUGAGUCACACAGCCCUGGCAUCAAACUAUUCUGGUGCCUAUUAGCUGUGUGAUUUUGGGUAAGUCAUUCAGCCUUUCUGUGAUUCAGGUUCUUUAUCUAUAAAUAGGGAUAAAAUACUGAAACAUCUCUAGAGUCAAGUUCUAAAGUAAGGGCAAUGUUCAUAUAGUCAGUAUUAACCCUGACAUUUAAAACUACUGUUAUUGAUUGCUUCCCUAGGUGAAGCACUUGGAUUGUGUUUGGGGGCUGUGUUUGAGAAAUACCUUGAAACAAAGCUGUAGUGUGAUGAGAUGCUCAGGCAGGGAGGUUGUAAACUGAGAGAUGCUUGUUUCCCAUUUCAGAUUCAUGAUUCACAGUUGGGCAUACAGUCCUUAAGUUUCCUUUUUGCAGUAAGCACUUUUAGUGAAUUAAAGUAAGUUUACCUUGCACAGGGCUAUUGUGAGAAUAUCAUUUGUGAACUGACCAGUGUAUGCUUAAAUAGGGGGAAAUUUUUUUAUUUUUUAUUUUUUUUAUUUUCGAUUCAGUACUGAAAUCCAUUGUCUGGGGAGAGGAAGAAGACCCGUGAUCAUAUGAGGUCGAAUACUGUGGACCACACAGGCGGCUGGGGUCAUAUUAUUCUGCCGCGACUCCUCUCUCCCCCGAAGCUUGCGCAGGGCCGCUGGAAACUUAUCAAAAGUAGGGAGUGAGAAUUAAAUUCCCUCCUGCAUCUCUAACUCCCUCCCCACCUGACCCUUAUUUGAGGCAGCCCCCAGCCCUGAGCUGAAAGCUCCUCUGUUCGCACCUCUCCUGAUUCUCCAGAUCCGGUCUCAGCCCACGAACCUCCUUCCCCCUUCUGCUCAACACCCAACUCUCCGGGGGGGUUCCCUAUCUACCAAAUUCUAGUCUCAGGCGGAGUCGUAAGCUUCGCGACACGCGCAGCAGGGUGGGAUUUGUAGUUCUAGGUCCUCGGGGUGCGCAGGGGAAGGCUAUUGCGCAUGCGCAGAAGGCGUCUUUCUGCACGUGUCUCUCCGGACAGGCCUAUGUCCAGCGGAGCCGGCUGAGGUGGGAUCCCAGCCUACUCCUUUAGGCAUCCCGAUUGUUGGAGCGGAAUUUGGCGCCAGCGGACCCUUCUUAAGCCCUGGUGGUCCGAGUAUUCGGCAAGAGAGGCCUUAGGUACCUAUUUUUCAUGAAUGAAUGGGGCUGGGACUGACUUUUACGAAGGCUAGUGGACUGAGAAAACGGUCCCUCUCCUCCAGUCUGGUUCUAGAAUUGACCUGUGCCUCUUCCGAGGACAAAACGUCCCUCAAGGCAGGGCAGGGUUGUCGUUUAGGAUUAGAACCCUAGUUGAUUCUGUAAAUAUUGGUUUAGGGAGGGGCCGAAAACACUAAAAGGGCGGCCUUGAGCCUCGCAGAAUAACAGUCACGUUUUUGAAAAACAAUUUACCACAAACCUGGUAAUGCUUGAUUUGGAUUAUCUAUAACUCGGCUAUUUCUAUACCCAUUUGACAUGUGGGGACGCUAAAGCUCCGAGUGGCAGACGGUCUCCCACCCUUUAGUCAGCAGGGUCCGGGGAUAGGGGGCCGGAACCGGGACGCUCCAGCUCCUCCCUACUCCGCUCCGCUCUCAAGAAAAGAGGUGCCCUACUUUGUCCUCAGAAGGCGCAAGAAUCACGAAAAUGCCUUUCUUCAUCUUCUUUCCCCUACCUAAAUUUUCUGAGCUGUUCCACAUCAUUCAGCUUCAGGUAGAGAAGGGAGUUGGGCUUUUUGCUCUAGCAUUUAUUCAUUUUUUAAUACCCUCUUUUUUUUUUUAAUCCUUUUAAAAAUUGUCAAACAGUACUAGAAAAUGAAUAAUGCAAAUAUGGCAGAGGCAUCUUUAGAAACCCAGCUCAUCUCAGGCUCUCCCUUUGUCUGGCUUUCCUUCCUUUGUCUCUGGGGUAUAAAGUCCAUCCCAGGCUCAGUCCCCUCAGCUCUUUCCUUGCACGGGUAUACUGUACUCCUUCUAAGUACCCUCUGGAUGGGGGGAGGGAGGCAGAGUUCAGUUCUUAGAGGAGGGUCACAAAGGCGCAAGUGGCUCUGAGGGAUUCCCAGGUCCAUCAUAGACCAGAAAGUCCCUCGCACCACCAAACUCCUGGUUCCAGCAAGGAGCUCUUGUCAGGCCAGCAUGAGACAAGCUGAGAAAACGAGACGGUGGGAGGACCCGCUGGCCAGAGAGGCCAAGAGAGCCGCCAACUCUUUGGUCACGUGACCCGGCCUUGCCGGGCCCCGAGUCUCUCCGGGGCCAGGCCACGUGCGAUCGCUGCUUCUCCGGAUUGGCUCUUGCAGACCAGUUUGAACGGCGUACGGAAGCCGUCGCGGUUCAUAUACGGCCGCGAUUUUCUUUUUUUUUUUCUUUUUUCUUUUUUUUUUUUUUUUUUUUUUUUAAUAUUCCCUCUCUUUGGCUCUCUCCUUCCGCGCGAGUCUCUGGAGAAGCCGCAGCUUAAGGCCUCGCUGCUGCCGCCUGAGGCACGUUCGCUUUGCGCCAUGGACUGGCAGCCAGACGAGCAGGGCCUGCAGCAGGUCCUGCAGCUGCUCAAAGACUCGCAGUCGCCCAACACAGCCACACAGCGCAUCGUGCAGGAUAAACUCAAACAACUGAACCAGUUUCCUGACUUCAACAACUACCUGAUAUUCGUCCUGACCAGACUUAAGUCAGAAGAUGAGCCAACUCGCUCUCUCAGUGGCCUCAUCCUAAAGAACAAUGUGAAGGCGCAUUACCAGAGCUUUCCACCACCUGUGGCCGACUUCAUCAAACAGGAGUGUCUCAACAACAUUGGCGAUGCCUCCUCGCUCAUCCGUGCCACCAUAGGCAUUCUCAUCACCACCAUCGCUUCCAAGGGUGAGCUGCAGAUGUGGCCUGAGCUGUUGCCCCAGCUGUGCAACCUACUCAACUCGGAGGAUUACAACACAUGUGAGGGAGCCUUUGGAGCCCUGCAGAAGAUCUGCGAAGACUCAUCUGAACUUCUAGACAGCGAUGCCCUCAACAGGCCGCUCAACAUCAUGAUCCCCAAGUUCCUACAGUUCUUUAAGCACUGCAGCCCCAAGAUCCGGUCCCAUGCCAUUGCCUGUGUGAAUCAGUUCAUAAUGGACCGGGCCCAGGCACUGAUGGACAACAUCGACACUUUCAUCGAGCAUUUGUUCGCCUUGGCUGUGGACGAUGACCCCGAGGUGCGGAAGAACGUGUGCCGGGCGCUGGUGAUGCUGCUGGAAGUGCGGAUCGACAGGCUCAUCCCCCACAUGCACAGCAUUAUCCAGUACAUGCUGCAGAGGACCCAGGACCACGAUGAGAACGUGGCCCUUGAGGCCUGCGAGUUCUGGCUGACGCUGGCUGAGCAGCCCAUCUGCAAGGAAGUCCUGGCCUCCCACCUGGUCCAGUUGAUCCCCAUCCUGGUAAAUGGGAUGAAGUACUCGGAAAUCGACAUCAUCCUGCUCAAGGGGGACGUGGAGGAGGAUGAAGCAGUCCCCGACAGCGAGCAGGACAUCAAGCCACGUUUCCACAAGUCACGCACAGUGACACUGCCCCAUGAGGCUGAGAGGCCUGAUGGCUCUGAGGACGCAGAGGAUGACGAUGAUGACGAUGCUCUGUCCGACUGGAAUCUGAGGAAGUGCUCAGCAGCUGCGCUGGACGUUCUGGCCAACGUCUUCCGGGAGGAACUGCUGCCCCACCUGCUGCCCCUGCUCAAGGGUCUCCUCUUCCAUCCCGAGUGGGUGGUCAAGGAGUCAGGCAUCCUGGUGCUGGGUGCCAUUGCCGAGGGCUGCAUGCAGGGCAUGGUGCCCUACCUGCCAGAGCUGAUCCCACACCUCAUCCAGUGCCUGUCGGACAAGAAGGCCCUGGUCCGCUCCAUCGCCUGCUGGACACUGAGCCGCUAUGCCCACUGGGUGGUCAGCCAGCCUCCCGACAUGCAUCUCAAGCCUCUGAUGACAGAGCUGCUCAAGCGUAUCCUGGACGGCAACAAGAGGGUGCAGGAGGCGGCCUGCAGCGCCUUCGCCACCCUGGAGGAGGAGGCCUGCACGGAGCUGGUGCCUUACCUCAGCUACAUCCUGGACACCCUCGUUUUUGCCUUUGGCAAGUACCAGCACAAGAACCUGCUCAUCCUCUAUGAUGCCAUCGGCACCCUGGCCGACUCUGUGGGCCACCACCUCAACCAACCGGAAUAUAUCCAGAAGCUGAUGCCUCCACUGAUCCAGAAGUGGAAUGAGCUCAAGGACGAAGACAAGGACCUCUUCCCUCUGCUAGAGUGCCUGUCAUCAGUGGCCACCGCCCUGCAGAGUGGCUUCCUGCCCUAUUGUGAGCCUGUGUACCAACGCUGCGUUACCCUGGUGCAGAAGACACUGGCCCAGGCCAUGAUGUACACCCAGCACCCUGAGCAGUACGAGGCACCUGACAAGGACUUCAUGAUCGUAGCACUGGACCUACUCAGCGGCCUGGCUGAGGGCCUGGGUGGGCACGUGGAGCAGCUGGUAGCCCGCAGCAACAUCAUGACACUGCUUUUUCAGUGCAUGCAGGACUCGAUGCCUGAGGUCCGGCAGAGCUCCUUCGCCCUCCUGGGAGACCUCACCAAAGCCUGCUUCAUCCACGUCAAGCCCUGUAUCGCCGAGUUUAUGCCCAUCUUGGGCACCAACUUGAACCCUGAGUUCAUCUCUGUCUGCAACAAUGCCACCUGGGCCAUUGGUGAGAUCUGCAUGCAGAUGGGGGCAGAGAUGCAGCCCUAUGUGCAGAUGGUCCUCAACAACCUGGUGGAGAUCAUUAACCGGCCCAACACGCCCAAGACGCUGCUGGAAAACACAGCCAUCACCAUCGGCCGCCUGGGCUACGUGUGCCCACAGGAGGUGGCACCCAUGCUGCAGCAGUUCAUCCGGCCUUGGUGCACAUCCCUCAGGAACAUCAGGGACAACGAGGAGAAGGACUCAGCCUUCCGAGGCAUCUGCAUGAUGAUAGGCGUCAACCCCGGGGGCGUUGUGCAGGACUUUAUUUUCUUCUGCGACGCUGUAGCCUCCUGGGUGAGCCCGAAGGAUGACCUUCGGGACAUGUUUUAUAAGAUCCUCCACGGCUUCAAAGACCAAGUUGGGGAGGAGAACUGGCAGCAGUUCUCAGAGCAGUUUCCGCCGCUGCUUAAGGAGAGGCUAGCUGCCUUCUAUGGGGUCUAGACGAGCAUCGAGCAUCGAGACUGCCAGGUUUCUGUCUGCGUCGUCGCCAGAGGGGUUGCCGGGGAGCGCACUGCGUCCAGAAGUUGCUGUGCCCUGGUCGAGGGGGGUUAGGGAGGAGUGAGUGGGACCUAAAUCCAGACGCCUUCCCCGUCUAUCUACCUGCCGCGGCCGGCCCAUAGGCCGGUCAGCGGGUGGGCAGGUGGGUGGGGCCUCCACGCUCAUCCUAUAAAUGGGAGGGGGGUGGGACUUCUUGGCAGCAGGGCCCCUUGCUCUAAUUGGGGUCACCUCAGGCAGCCUUCUUGGAUAUGCCUUGUGGGAGGGAAGAAUCAACACGGCCGACCAAAUCCGGCUUAGGAUGAGGCAAGGGAAAAAGCAGGCGGGGAGGGGGUCCUUGUAGAGACACGUAAUCUCACACGUACACACGUGGCUACACGCAUGUGCGGGCGCUGCAGCCAGCCAGGCUGGGCCAGCCGCCCCACCAUUUCCCCGACUGCAUGGAGACAGUAGAAUUAGUGAACCCCUCAGUUAACUCGUAAGGCCUUCCGUGUAACCUGCAUCUAGAGUUUAAGAAGCUUCUGCUGUUUUGCCGGAAUUGGCGGUGAUUGGGGAGGGCUGGGUGGGUUCGGGACCUUCGCUGGGACCCUGGGGCCGGGGGAAGAGGACGGCCACCUUGGGGCUGUCCAGUCAGCACGUGCACGCUUUGGACCUGUUCUGCACACUUCUUGCCAGCUCUGUGGCAGCCUCAGCCAGUGUGUCCCCCUCCUUUACCUUCCCAGCCGGAAGAGUGGGGACCACAGAAGUGGCCGGGGCUGGCCAGAGGUCACUCUUUCUUCCUCCCCUGUGCUCCAGCAACUUUCGAAGAUACUGGGCUGGGACAUUUUUCCCCCUGAAAAGAGCCGGGGGCAGCCAGAGCUGCUGACACCCACCUCCUCCAUGAGCAAGUCUGUUUCUCUGCUUCUGAGAACCCUCUUCCAGGCCUAAGUUUCAACACAAGGGCCAGGGCUGGGGCAUUUAAUUGGUGGUGACAGAGAACAAAGGCUUUUGCUUUGCUAGCAAGAAGAAAACUGAAGGCUAAGGGUGGUGUACCCCCUGACCCCCCUCUGGGACUUCCUGGUCAUCACAGCUCCCAGGAGGUCUCAAGACCCUACCAGACUGGGGUAGUGAUUCUAGGGAAACUUCUCAGAUUGGUUGGGGAUGUGGUCACAGUGGGAGAGGCUCCCCUACAAAGGGAGGGAUGUGUUUACUUCCCAGUUGGCCUCAGAACUGAAACCAGGCCCUGCAGUCCCCUUAAUGUGUUUUCCUUUUUCUCUUCCCUGCUUUCUACUUAUUUCGGGAACUCUUUUGCGGUUUGGGGGAGGGGAGUUGACUGGAUACCUGCAUCCUGGGGCCUUCUCCAUCCAUCCUUUAGGAGCCCUGGACCACACCCCCAUCAUAGCCCUGUGUCUUCUGUCAGACAGGGUCAGGCCCUGCCUCUAUGCCCAGGGGCACUUGGUGCACAUUCCAUAAACUCAGCUGGUUCUCCCACUGUGAAACUCCAGCAGGUCUCUGGAAGCCAUUUGUAAAAAAGAAAAGAAAAAGAAAAAAAAAAUUAAACACCAUUUAAUUUUCUGGUAAUUCCAGUUCUUUGGAGCAUCCUCUGCUGGGUCUUGGGGGUGUGUAGAUUGGCUGUCUGGUGGGAUUGGUAACCCCUUCUCCACCCAGGAUGGGGGGAUCCAGCCACCUUCAGGGAAGGGGAGCCUGGUUCUAGUUAUCUUUUUUCUUUCUUUCUUUUUUUUAAUUAAGAAAACUAUUUAAUUUUUUUAACUUAUUUUUGGUUGAUUUUUGCACAACGAAGUUUCAGCUUCUCAACCUUUUCCCCUGCCCAGGGCUUCAGACCCUGACUGGCCUCAACCUUCAGUCCCUUUUUCCCCUAUCCCUCUUUCCCCCUCAUCCUCUUCCUCCUGUGGGCUCCAGGGUCUGUCCAUUUGUUACCGUGCUGUGCUGGGGAUUAGCGCCAAGGUGGCGUGAGAUUCCACUUGUGUAGAACUUUGUUGAGUAAAGAUCAGUUUCUUGUGAAA